AUCCGCCUCAUCCGUACGGAGUACUUAUACCUUAACGUUACUGCCAAUGUUAUUAAGGGCGUGAGCAGGUUGUCUUGUAGGACUUGGCUGAUGUCACUGGCGGCUGGGCAAAUGUCGAAGUUUCCUCGUUCUCUGGGUACCCACGUGUGCUGUAGCGUUGCAUGGCUCGACUUGACAUCUGGAGGAAGACCGUCGAUCAAAAUCGAAUGUGACAAUCACCAAGUCUUGGCGCAUCACUGGCGUUUUCAAACGGCGGCUCACAGAACGUUUCCGGGAUGAGGCCAUACUCGACGAACACGACAGGAUGCUUGAUGCAAACUCAGAAGUGAUGGCAAAUCAAGCUCUCAUUUUCGUGAACCGUGAUGAGAAAAGGCGAGACGGUUUGUAAACAAAAUCUCGUACCCAUCAUUGUCGUCACCCCGUAUCCGGAGACAUCCUCGAGUCGCCGUUGGGGGCCAAACGUGCGUUCAAAAGUUACCGUGGUGUCCCGUAUCCUGCGCACAUCAGAAUUUGUCGGCCAGUGUUUUGUUUACAUGUUGACCCUAACCCCGAAUAAUUCGAACAUCUUUGCCCCUGAGCUGGGGACCGGAAUACGGGAGAACAAGCGACGCCAGAACACCGAUGCGAAUUCCAUUUCUUCCAGCCUACCUCACGUCGGCUCAGCUAUUCUUUGCCGGGCGUUGGAACCGCUGUCCGUCUUCUGUCCCUCGUUCGCUCUGCCGCUCGUCAUUCUUUACCUAAGUAUCUCCUUCGGACUGCUCUGCCGCUCGGCGGCGGGAAGCGGGAAGGCAAGGGGUAUCGGAUCUGGUGCCCUUGAAUUGCCGCUGUUCUCGAAACCGCCUCAGGUUCAGUUCGCCGGCUUCAACUUCCUCAACAAAUCCAAUCUUUUUCAAGCCACUCUUCUUGUUAUAGCGCGUAUUGGCCCUAGGCAGGAACAACUGUGCCGCUUGCACCGCCGAUGCAGGUGUGGAAAAGGGUCGUCUGGACGACACCGGACGCUUCAGCGUGGCUUCCUUCAAGGUUCUUGGCUUCCAGGUUGCCUGUCCAGGAGCGCAACGCAGCCCAGUUUUUUCUUUAUAGCAGCCAGCAGCGCCCGCUGCUGAGUGGCCCGCCCUGGUCCGUCUCCUGAGGAACUGGGGACAUUCCCCGCCGAGCCACAGCAACAACAUCCCGUCAGCAAGCAGCCCAGCAGGGUUGCCAAUAGCGACACUCGAAAAUCCGCGACACUCGAAAAUCCGUCCGAACUGAGCCGGUAUUCUCGCGAAACCGUCCAGCCGCUCGUACACACACACUGUAGGUUUUCUCUUCUCUUGUCACACUUCAAUAGCGGCUCUGC